AUGCUGCUCGCGCUGACUGAGAUGCCCAACAAAGGCGCAGGAGGCAGCAGAUCGCAGCCCGCGCCGACAAAGCAGUAUGACCAAGAUAGAGGGGCCAUCGAAUCGCAAUCUACACGAAGCAAAAAGCUUGCGCGCUCGAGGAGGCGAAGCCGCGGUAAGAAGACGAGCGAGUUUGUGUUCGCGAUUGGCGACGCCGACGCCGCCAAUACCAUUCGAAGAGGCUGGAUCCUCGACAGUGGUACUAGCCGCUACUUCAAUAUUUUCACGAAGCAGCUGGUCGAGUCGAGACCGUGCAACGACGAGAUUGCCUGCGGUCGGCGUGUCGCUCCAGCUUACGAAAUGCGGCAGAGUGCGACUGAACAUCAUCGCGAACGGCGCAGCGGCAACCGUGACGCUAAUCAACAUCUACCUGGCGCCGAGCCUGCCAAAGCAUAUCGCAUUCUACGGAAAACUAAAGCGUAA